UCAAAGAAUAAACUUAAAAAAAAAACAACUUAUAAAUCCUUUUUUUGUUUUUGUUGAAAGCAAAACUUUAGGAAUCUGUGUUUGCAAAAGAAGAAGAUAUGGGAAACAGUUUACGGUGUUGUUUGGCUUGUGUACUUCCAUGUGGAGCUUUAGAUUUGAUCAGAAUCGUACAUCUCAACGGCCACGUCGACGAGAUCACUCGUCCGAUGACCGCCGGCGAGAUCCUUCAGGCGAAUCCUAACCAUGUCUUGAGCAAACCUUGUUCUCAAGGAGUUGUACGUAAGAUCUUGAUCUUGUCCCCUGAAUCUGAACUUAAGCGUGGAAGCAUCUAUUUUCUUAUCCCUGAUACUUCUUUGCCGGAGAAGAAGAAGACAAAGAAGAUAAAAGAACACCGGCGCCGGAAAAGCGCUGACGUAAGUAGUGAUCGUAUGAGUGGUGGUGACAAGGAUCUUGAUACCUUAGUACCAAAACAUAAGGAUCUUGAUCAUACUUCAACACCAAAAGAUAAAGAUCUUGAUGGUCAUUGUUUGACGUUGUGUGAGAAAUAUUUAGAAGAUGUUAUGUUGUCGGAGAAGAUGAGUUCCACCGGUAAAGAGAAUCGUCACCGUCGGAGACAUAGCCGGUCGGCGUCAGUUUCCACGUGGCGUCCUCACCUUGAUAGCAUUACUGAGGAUCUUAAUUAAUUAGUAAAUUUUUUCUUUUCACUCUUUCGUUAAUUCUAUCUCUAUGUUCUUAAUUUUUUUUUAAAAAUCUUUUGAAUCUGGAAAUCGGAUUUUUAUUUAACAUCCCCGGGGAGAAAAUUUUCAAAUAUUUAUAUUUAUUAUGAAGUUAAAAACAAAGCUAUGUAAUGUACUCAUGUGGAUAUAUUGGAUAAGAGAUCUAUGUUAAAUU